AUGAAAUCAAUUAUUCAUAAAAAAUAAAGAUGAAUGAUUCACAUACUGACGGGCAUUAUCAGCGGCACUUAGCGUUUUGGCUUUAUGAUUAGAUAAAAGAUAAAAUAAAUUAAAACAAUAGGUAAUUAAAACCCACACUGUCUUCCUUAAAUAUUUUUGUUAAUUGUAUUGUAUAACCAGAGCUAAAGUCAUGCUAAAAUUAACGGUAUCUUUAAACCAUACUUUGACGUAUCAAUGACGUCACGUACAAUGAAAUUGUGAAUGGACAAUGUGACAGUUGUGACAGCUACAAAUACAACAGAUGUUUACAUUUUAAUUUAUUAAUUAAAACAGGAACUGUUAAUACUAUCGUGGUUAAUUUAUAAAAAUAAUUUAUGUGACUUGUUAAUGUUAAUGUAGUGAUGGUAAUUUUCAAGCCAAAGAGCAUUUUGCAAUAGGAAUAUGAUAGUGUGGAAGCAACACUGAAGUUAACUUUUUAACUAACUACCUUUUUAGAAUAGUAUUUUUGUUUAUUAUUAAUUAAAAUGGAUCUUGCAAAAUCAUUUUUUGACGUUCGGAACCAUGAAGGAUAUGUUGGAAGAGAAGACAAUAAUACCCUUGCAGAGGCGAGAAUUUGAGUUAACAGUAUCAGAUGACGAAGAAGUUUUGUCAGAGACAAUGUUAGAUCGCUUAAAAAUUGAAAAUAAUCUGAUUCCAGCCCCUGGGGGCCCAUUCUCAGCACUUACACCAAGUAUGUGGCCCCAAGACAUUAUGGCCAAGCUAACAGUUAUUCCUGAUGACCCAAACUCUCAGCCAGAGUACAGAUUUGAUGAAUUUGGUUUUCGAGUAGAUGAAGAGGAUGGACCUGAACAAAAUUCAAAUAAGCUAUUGGGUAUUCCCUUUGUAGAAGAUCCUCAGCAAAGAUUGCAAUGGAUAGCACAUUUGGAGUUUUCUCACAAUAAAGAAGUAUCAAAUUUAAGUUGGGAUAAAGUUCAAGUACAGCUGCCAAGAACAGAAAAGUUAAGGACCAUGAUUAGGGCUGGUAUACCACAUUCUUUAAGGCCACAACUGUGGAUGAGACUGUCAGGUGCUUUGGAGAAAAAAGAAAAUUCUGAAUUGUCCUAUAAAGAAAUAGUUAAAUUGUCAAGUAAUGAUUCCUUAAUGACAUCAAAACAGAUUGAGAAAGACCUUUUGCAUACUCUUCCAACAAAUGCAUGUUUCAGUCACAUCAACAGUACUGGAAUUUCGCGUUUACGUAGAAUAUUAAGGGGCCUUGCAUGGCUGUAUCCUGACAUUGGUUAUUGCCAAGGAGUAGGGAUGAUAGUAGCGUCUUUAUUACUACUUCUAGAAGAAGAAGAUGCCUUCUGGGUCAUGGUAACAAUUGUAGAAGAUUUCUUACCAGCCUCAUAUUAUAGCUCCACUUUAAUUGGGGUACAAGCUGAUCAAAAAGUAUUGCGAACGUUAAUAGCAAGCUUUUUACCUGACGUUGACGAAGUUUUAAAGAAUCACGACAUUGAAUUGUCUUUGAUAACUAUGCAUUGGUUUCUAACUUUGUUUGCAAGUGUUGUUCAUAUGAAAAUUUUACUACGUAUAUGGGAUUUACUCUUCUUAGAAGGUUCAUUGGUCUUAUUUCAAGUGACUUUGGGAAUGUUAAAAAUCAAAGAGCCCCAUUUACGAACUCUAGAGAACUCCGCACAAAUAUUUAACGCGUUAUCAGACAUUCCAGGGGACAUUGAUGAUGUAGAAAAACUAUUACAAGUUUCGUUUGAAUUGGCUAGUUCAUUAAACGAAGUAAUGAUCGAAACGUAUAGACGAAGACACUUGGCAUACCUAAUGGCAGACCAGGGGGUGCUGGUUGGUAAUCCAGAGGCAAUAUCAAAUCUUCCAAAGCAACACUUGGCUAGAAGGCAGUUAAAGAAAAAUAAAACUGUUCUUGGUCUGAUUUUGUUCAAUGAAAACAGCGAAGAUGAUAUAAAGUCGAAAAACGUCAAACAAACUGAAAUAUUGGUAGAUUUACGUGAAGCAAUAUUGCAGAUCGCUCGACACUUUAUUCAAAUCGAACCAAAACUAUCUUCAGAAAUAUCCUUGCUGGCCAAUUAUUCUAUGGAGAGCCAUGCACUAGAUCACGCUAACUAUAUUAACAUUUCAAAAAAUAGGAAACGAAGGGCUAAGGCACUAUUAGAUUUUGAAAGACACGACGAUGAUGAACUAGGGUUUCGAAAGAACGACAUUAUUACAAUAUUAAGUCAAAAAGACGAGCACUGUUGGGUUGGCGAAUUAAAUGGUUUACGAGGAUGGUUCCCAGCAAAGUUUGUAGAACUGUUAGAUGAACGUAGCAAGCAAUAUUCAAGUGCUGGUGACGAUAGUAUUUCUGAGACCGUUACAGACCUUGUUCGUGGUACCUUGUGCCCAGUUGUUAAACAGGUUUUGGAACAUGGUAUGAAGCGACCACAUUUUCUGGGAGGACCUUGUCAUCCGUGGUUAUUUAUUGAAGAAGCGGCAACAAAAGAAGUGGAGAAAGAUUUUAAUUCUGUUUAUAGUAGACUAGUUCUUUGUAAAACGUAUCGUUUAGACGAAGAUGGUAAAGUCCUAACCCCAGAAGAGCUUCUCUAUCGAUGUAUACAAUCUAUAAAUUUGUCUCAUGAUAAUGCCCAUGCUCAGAUGGAUGUCAAACUAAGGUCUUUGGUGUGUAUGGGUCUUAAUGAACAGGUUUUGCAUUUAUGGUUGGAAGUAUUGUGUUCUUGUACAGAAGUCGUUCAAAAAUGGUAUCAUCCUUGGUCAUUUGUAUUUAGUCCUGGUUGGGUUCAAAUUAAAUGCGAAUUGCGAAUAUUAUCCCAGUUGUCGUUCAAUUUAAACCCCGAGUGGGAAUUACCAGUCAAAAAGGAAGUCAAUAAUCAUCCUUUAAAAGAAGGCGUGCGAGAUAUGCUUGUUAAACAUCACUUGUUUAGCUGGGAUAUUUAAAAUUAUGCAUACCUUUUAUAAAAUGUUCAAAUUAAUGUAAUUAUGAAAGUAAUUUUUGUAUUUAUUAAUUAAAAUUCUAUAUAUUAAAGCGUGAAUGAAAUAC